AUGGCACUCCUUCAAUAUCUGUCGGCUAUAGCUACAGUCGCCCCCCUUUUUCUUAUCCAACCCCUGUUAACCCCUCAGGUCGCCGCACAAGCUCAAUGGUCGCGAGUACCCGAAAUACCAGCCUUUGGCUUAGGGACCUGGCGUUCAGAUGGAGAGCAGGCUGCACAUGCCGUCAAAUACGCCCUCGAUUUAGGGUAUCUUCACAUUGAUGCAGCACACAUAUAUCGAAAUGAGGAUCAGACUGGAAAAGGAAUCCAUGAAGCCAAUGUUGACAGGCGAGACAUUUGGGUGACGAGCAAGCUGUGGAAUACCGAUCACCGUCCCGAAAACGUUGAACCGGCUAUCAGACAGUCACUUUCGGAUCUUGGGCUAGAUUACCUAGAUCUCUAUCUCAUGCAUUGGCCGGUUGCCUUUGUCCCUGGUGGAGAUAGUGAACUUGACAGAGACACGACGAUAGUCGAUACCUGGCGGGCCAUGGAGGAUCUGGUACGGGCCAACCUCACACGGUUCAUCGGUGUCUCCAACUUUUCCAGGAGAAAUGUUAACCAGAUCCUGGAAAUCUGCGACAUCUGCCCGUAUGCACACGAGUUCGAGACCCAUCCCUACCUCCAGCAACAAGAGUUCGUCAACUUCCACCACGAGGCUGGUAUAAAGGUCAUCGCCUAUUCGCCGCUCGGGAACACCAAUCCGACGUAUAACGGCCACCACGAGGACCUCGGGCCCCUUCUAGAAGACCCUUUCUGGAAAGCCUUGGCCAAAACCAAGGGCGCUACAGUGGCGCAACUUGUGCUUGCUUGGGGAAUGCAACGGGGCACCAUCGUCAUUCCCAAAAGCGUGCACGACAAGUACAUCUACCAAAAUAUCUUCUCUCGGGAAAUCAACUUCAAUGUCCUUGAAAUGUACAACAUCAGCCAGGAGGAUAAAAGGUCUAGGAUGAAUGACCCUAGCAAGAGCUGGGGCGUCGAGCUUUUUGCGGAUUUGGAUGAUCAUACGAACCCGAAUGAUGAUAAGGGCGGGGAAUUGUAG